AUAACCUUAGAUAAGGCACUUAUUUUACUCUCUGGCUUUGGAUAGCCAUGGCUGAAGCUUCAAGAGUUCUGCAGACCACUCUCAUUCCCAGCUUCCAUCCACAACACAGAAGUCCCAUAUUUCAGUCACUCCCAUUGAAUUUCCGCAGAAACCCAAUUCAGUGCACAGUCUCCACAAGUAACAGCACCAAAGCCACAGUGCCCCAGAAAAUCCCAUGGGGCUGUGAAAGUGAUUCUUUGGAAAACGCUUCUGCCCUGCAGAAAUGGCUGACUGACUCGGGCCUUCCACCCCAGAAAAUGGCCCUGCAAAAAGUGGAAGUUGGGGAGAGAGGACUGGUUGCUUUGAAGAAUAUAAGGAAGGGGGAGAAGCUGCUCUUUGUGCCUCCCUCUCUGUUUAUCACUGCAGACUCAGAGUGGACUUGUGGGGAGGCUGGUAAGGUGUUGAAGCAAAAUGGUGUGCCUGACUGGCCAUUUCUUGCAACCUAUCUGAUUAGUGAAGCAAGUUCCCUUGAAUCUUCUAGAUGGAGCAACUAUAUUUCUGCCUUACCAAGACAGCCUUAUUCACUUCUGUAUUGGACUCGCGAAGAACUUGAUCGGUAUUUGGAAGCAUCACAAAUUAGACAACGGGCAAUCGAAAGAGUUACUAAUGUUGUUGGAACAUACAAUGAUUUAAGGCUUAGAAUUUUCUCCAAGUAUCCUGCUUUAUUUCCUGAAGAGGUAUUCAACAUAGAAACCUUCAAAUGGUCAUUUGGAAUUCUUUUCUCACGCUUGGUUCGGUUACCCUCGUUGGGUGGAAAGGUUGCCUUGGUUCCUUGGGCAGAUAUGCUGAACCAUAGUUGUGAGGUAGACGCAUUUUUGGACUACGAUAAAUCAUCACAGGGAGUUGUCUUUUCAACAGAUGUGUCAUAUGAGCCAGGUGAGCAGGUUUUUAUUUCCUAUGGCAAGAAAUCUAAUGGAGAGCUACUGUUAUCCUAUGGGUUUGUCCCAAGGGAGGGCACCAACCCUAGAGAUUCUGUUGAGUUGUCACUUUCCAUUUCAAAAUCUGACAAAUGUUAUAAGGAGAAGUUGGAAGCUUUGAGAAAGCAUGGACUAUCAGCAUCUCAAUGUUAUCCUAUACAAGUCACUGGUUGGCCAUUGGAGCUAAUGGCAUAUGCUUAUUUAGCCGUCAGUCCUCCAAGUAUGAGUGGACAAUUUGAAGAGAUGGCUGCUGCAGCAUCCAACAAAUCUACCACCAAGAAGGAUUUAAGAUACAGUGAAAUAGAGGAAGAAGCGCUUCAGUUCAUAUUGGACAGUUGUGAAGUUAGCAUAUCAAAGUAUAACAAAUUCUUACAGGCAAGUGGAUCAAUGGAUUUGGAUGUGACAUCUCCGAAGCAACUAAACCGAAGGUUGUUUCUGAAACAGCUAGCAGUAGACUUGUCUACCAGUGAACGGAGAAUCCUAUUUCGUGCUCAAUACAUACUGAGAAGGAGAUUGAGGGAUAUGAGAAGAGGUGAACUGAGAGCUCUAACAAUCUUCAACGGGUUCAGGAAGUUUUUCAAGUGACAAGAGUUUCGAGUAUGAUGUGAUGUAAACCUGUGCUUACAGUUCUAAGCCAUUUUUCUGAUGAGCUUUUAGCUCAAUUUUACAUCCUGGCUUCCUAUGUGACUUUAGGCAAGUCAAUUGAGUUUUAUCAACACAACCAUCAUUUGGAAGGAGUUCAUGGCCAAAAGGAUGCAUUGCUAUUUACAUGUAUCAAAGGGGAACAAGAAAGCUAUGACCUUGAGUUUUCUGGUUUAUUAAAUAGAUAAUUUCAUCUGGUGUGUAUAUAGUCUCCUAA